AUGGUGCUCUCUAAGCCCAAUUUAGGUCUUUGCAAUUCGCUACAUUUUGUCAGUUUGGUGAUUUUGGUCUUGACAUUGUCGCUACUUUUUGCCGGAUUUUUAAGAAUCGAAAUAAAAUUACAAGAACAGGAAGCACGAGUGGGCACAAUGGAGCUUCUCUGUCGUGAAAGAACACAAGAUGCAUCACGUAAAAGUACAGCAAACGUCGAAGGUGGGAUAGAUUUAUUCUGAUCGAAUACUAGACUUAAAUCAACUUGAUUUAGUUAUUAAGUGCUUUUAGAAUUCCUUGCCUUUUCUAACGUGCUUAAGUGAGCCUGAUAUUUCCUCGCCCUACCCGAGAAAGAUUGCUUCAUGUAUACUAUGGAUGUCUUAGGGAGGAGAGGCUGCGGUUGGGGUUCGCCAUGUAAGAACACUUACUGAAAGGAAUGUAGCGAUCACGACAAAAUGAUGAACACAGUUGAACUCACUAAGAAGUGGUGGCAGCAAGGGAGCCUUUUCUACCACAAAUGACAAAAAAAAAAAACAACGAAGAAAACUCUGAUAAAAAAGUGGGCUAAAAAAGUUGUCAGUAAGGGAAAAAGUUUUUCGCCUUCUUAAGCAUUGUCUGUAACCCAUGGGUGCUAAAUUGCUGGCUCUCUUUUUUAUUAUUAUUUUUUUUUCUGGUGAAAGAGAAACAGCGUCACUAGAUAUGGACUCCUUAGUGUGCAACCUGUUGCUGCGAUCAGUUUGUAGUUAGCAUUUUCAGCAUUUUAUAAACAUAGUCGUACCGUCUCGCUUACAAAUUUUGCCGAAACAAAUUUUUUCGGUGCGAGCUCAAAGGAGAUUGUGGUGAACACUAAUUUUAGCGUUAGUUUGUCACCUUAUGUUUUGCAUGCCUCUUAUAUUUCGAAAUUUUAGCAAUUUCCGUUUAAGCGACGGAACUUAAACGAGAAAGAAUCACAAUAUUUUUUUCAAAUCUCUAAUUUUUCGGGUAAUGCAGAAGGGUGCUACACAUUAGUGAUUCGUACAUAGAUAUUCGGGUGAGCCUAAAAGCGAAGAACAGUUUUUAAUUUCACUACGGCAGCGAAUUCUGCGGUGUUUAAGAAUGCAGGAAGUUUUCUGUUAUGUUUCGAGAACCUAUUUUUUUGAGUCGAGGACCACGCGCGAAUUCCGUAUGAAUUAAAACCUGUCAUUAAUUAACACCUUGGGUGGGGGGCGGGAAAGGGUUGGGUUGGAGGAUUUUUGGGGAUCACGCGACUUUCAGAGGGUACUAAGGAGGGGUAAGUUGUCGCCAACAUAGCAUUAAAGGAGACUAUUUAGAAAAUUACCGGCCAAUUAACUGCUAAUGGGGGGGGGUGGGAGGGGGGGGGAGGAGGAGAUCAAACGAAUACCACAGAGCCUCAUGGGGAGAUCGGGUAAAAUUUGUCGUCACACAAAACGCGACCCCUUCCCCCCCAGACGGUCAAUAAUGACCGCUCCCUUUGGUAAGGAAUUUAACUCAUUUUUAUGCGCAGCUGGCCCCUUUCAGUUUUUUACGGCCUUCGUUGUAAACUUACAUUUGGAUGCUUCUUCUUCAAGGAAAGUUGGAUAUUUAUUCCAGUGAAGCCAACACGAGAACCCGCCGCGCGGCCGCUGGACUUGCAACGAACAUCAGUAACGACCAAAGCAACGACCUGUUGAAAAUAAGAAACGAGAUCAAAAGUUAUUUUGAGAAGAUAAGAAAAGAGAGUAAUCGUGUUUGCACAUCACCUCUUGGUUCGGUAAGAACUAACAGGGUAUCAUUUAGAAUAUCAUAGACUGCCGAUAGGGAGGUGGAUUUCCGGCAUUUAUAGGUCAUUUAUUAGUGCAUAGAGUUGUGGGUGAGCUCUACUCGCACCGCUGACCAAAAUUAGGCCUCUUUCUUUCUCUAUCAAUCACAACGUAGUUCCCAAGAGAGACCUGAGCUGUCUCGUGGCUGUCUUACUCAAAACGUUCCCAAAAGAGAUCAGCAGUUAUCUCUGUAAUGAUCAAAUUGUUUGAAAUCCCAUGUCUCGUAUUCUGUUGCGUUCGUGAAAACCCUGCAGAAAGGUUUAUUUCGAGGGGCGGGGAAUAAAAUAUUUCAUUCUCUGUAAGACCAGUGCCAUCAAACGCUGAUUUUUACCCAAGUGGCUUUGCGUGCCUACUCUCUUGUUUUAAACGGUACAGUCGUUGAUAAUCGUGUUCUGAUUGGCUUUUAUUUUCAUAUAAUUUUCAACUGUGAAAGAUUUUCGAUGCGCAUUCGGGGUGACAAUCCAUUGGCUGAAAUUCAUUCAAUAAUCGUAAAAAAAAAAGUUAUCCACCCCGAUCUUCUCUCUAAUCCUCCUGAAUUGGAUGUUAUUUCUCCUCUUCACAAGUUAUUCUUCCUCCCUAUCUUACAUAUCAUUAAACUGAUCCCAGACACUGACAGCUGUUUGCAUCAAUGUUUCAGAUUUGCCUUCGUGGUCCCCCCGGAGAACCUGGGUCCAAGGGAGAAAAAGGCGAUACGGGGGACAUCGGAGGGUUAGGUCCCCCUGGGGCUAAGGGGCAGAAAGGAGAGAGAGGAGCCCAAGGAUAUCCGGGAGUACCCGGAGAGUCGACGGUGCUUGAUAACAAGGAAGGGUCCCUACAGGUGCUCGUGUCUCCUUCGAUUUUGACGGUGAAUGAAAAUCAGACGGCGAGGUUUCAUUGUGCUGCUUCUGGUAUGUUGUUUACUCUUGUUUUCAAGAGGUUACAUUUGACAUGAUAAGACGUAAUAGGGUAGUGAACUCUGAUAGGUGAACGUUGAGUGAUGCUGACAUGUAUACCUUGGGACUUUCUAGAGCAUUCUAUUGGGUCAAGUAGUUAUGAUGUAAGGCCACUAAAAUAGUCGUGUCGUAGUGUUGUGUUCCAUGAUACUUUGUAAAUGCACAUAAGGACUCAUACGCGUAUGAGUAGUCAGGGAACGCGCAGCAAGUUUUGGAGUGAAGGGGCUAUUUUUGGCUCCGUUAUAUUCGUUAGAUUAUUUUUUGUUUAACUUAUUUUUAUUUUUGCAAAAAAAAGGGGGGGAGGGCUAAAGCCCCCCACCCCCAGCCCCUCCCUCUGCGCGGUCCCUGGUAGAAGUAAUAAGUAAUUGUUGUCAUCGAGCGUGACCGACUGUUUGGAAAGCUAUACCGACAAAGAGAGCUACUGUGGAAGAUUGUUCAUUUAAAGGAUCAUGGAUACUGAUGUGAGAUUAUGUCAGCGGUGAGCUAAGAUAUAGAAUAUAUUGGGCUUAGGUAAGUUUAUUAAGGAUAACUACUGCACUGCCUUUAGGAGUCGCUCCUUAGUAAGAAUAUUACGAGUUGUUUAAUAAAGAAGGUAAUUUAGUGCUAAGAACUGAGUUGAGAAUGUAAAAGAGUUUAAAGGCUGACGUUUCGAGCGCUAGCCCUUCGUCGGAGCGAUUGCGAAGGGCUAACGCUCGAAACGUCAACCUUUAAACUCUUUACGAUGGCCACUUUAAGUUUUCAACUUAGCUGUUAACAUUGAAUUACCUUUUAUACUCUCCCACCGACGCAGCACCACAGUUUCUUAAGAAACUUACCCCCUUUAUUCAUUUGUUUAAUAAAGUAGUUGAGUUUGUGUGAGUGUAGAGUUCUUUCCGUCGGUUAAAUACCGUAACACUGUAUAAGAGUACCGAUAUCAUAUAAUCGUGUAUCGAGUGCCAGAAAGCUUAUUUCUUAAUCAGCCUGAAAUCGAAUGCAAAAAAUGUUUAAUACUCAGCAACUCAUGCUCUUCAGCUUUCUUCUAACCGUGAGGUUUCAGCCAAAAACUCACAAAUAAUAAUAUACAAACUAUAUAUGUCUCUUCAAUCAUAGGUGACCCGACGCCUACUGUUACAUGGCGGAAAGAGGGAGAAGUACUUAAAGGUGAUACCAAAUACCACGUGCUGCAAGAUGGCGGGUUAACCAUCACGAAUGUUCAGUACAACGACAGCGGUGAUUACGAAUGUGUUGCGAGGACAAAUGUGAAACGAGCCGAGGCCUUCACGAAACUUGUUGUCCGAGGUAAGGUAUCAAUCAAAUAUUAGUGAGGAGUUACAGUGGUGCUCACGCGGAUGUUAUGUCCAACGCAACGAAUACUUAGCUAAGGAACUGCGUGGCAAGCGAUUUUUCGUUUCUCAAUUUAAGAGUGAUUUUAAAGAUAUACAAUAUGACUUUAAAGUCUGACAGGUGUUUUUCAUCAUAACAAUUUUACACUAGUAAGACAAAACAUCGAGCCAAUUCAAUGACGAUGAUCGAGUUUCUUUAAUAUUUAAAUAGGAACACCUCAAAUUAAACCGUUAACUCAGGGCUCAGUUUACGUCAUUGACGGAAGUGACGUCACACUUCCGAUGUGCAUUGCGACCGGCUUUCCGUCACCGAUCAUCACGUGGUCUCGACUCUUCCAAAGUCUUCCAGAAAGACGCAUUCAAUCAAUGGAUGGAAAUCUAACCAUCGUUAACACCACAGCGGAUGAUUCCGGAAUGUACACGUGCGAAGCUGCGAAUGCUAUCGGCAGCGCCCGAGUGAUGAUACAACUGAUGGUGUUGACACUCCCUAGAUUCAUUGUAAAACCUCCAACGGAACUCGUAGGCAACACAGGCGAUGUACUAACAAUUAACUGCAAGGCAGAGGGAGACCAAACUUUGUCAGUCACAUGGAGCCGCGAGUACGCUGACCUUCCUGAUCGGAGGGCCACUGUCGGUGAAGAUGGAACCUUGACAAUCAUUCAGCUGGCACCAAUCGAUGCUGGGAAGUAUAUCUGUACUGCGACCAGCUUGGGAGGAGCCAUGAAAAUUAACGCUGAAGUGAAUCUCGCUGUCAUGCAGAGUAAGUGGGACGUUUAAUUUCAAUUGGAAUUCCUAAAUUAUAUGGGAGGUUACCUUAUGUUUUAUUUUGAGAGCUGUUUGUCUCAUCUAAAUAAAUCUAGUUUCUCUACUUUUGUUUAUGUAGCAAGCUGAAUUCGUCACACAUCAUGAUUCUUACUUAUAAUUUACUAGAGGACGGACACAAAGAUGACGUCACCAUGAACAACUUUUUCCUUUUUUUUUAAUCAAAUAACACAAAUAGAUUACAUGUUGCUGUGAUAGAUCACAUGACGUUACAUAGAUCAUGACGUCAUCUCUAAUAUAUCACCGACCGGACGCAUGUACGCUAACAGGGCAUCUAGUUGUUAACCCAGAUUACUUUCAUGUCAAGUGACAUUUGCUCAAAGAUGUACCUCAUAAGCAAUUCCAUAUCCACUCUUAUAGCAACAACAAGAAAUUCUCAUCUGAAUUUUAGUAAUAGGGACUAAAAAUAAUUUUUAGGAUUUCUUAAAUGACUUGACGCCAUACGUUUAUUGCAACACCAUCUGUUGUCCAUUAGCCGAAUUCGUUUGAUUCCUUUCGAUCACUUUUCCAUGAUAUAAUUUGUUUUGUCUGAGCAAUUGGCAGUAUUUUCAACAUUAUCUUAAUGGUACUGUGCACGUAUAUCUUGAGCCUUUUUUAAUAACGAGCAACAACCUCCUCGCAGCACAUGAAUCGAUCUGAAGAAAGGCUAACGCUCGAAACUUCAGUUAUUAAACUCUUGGCGGUGGUCAAUUUACUUAUCAACACAGUUUAUAAUUUUUGGCUUAGUUUAAGGAAACCCUUUAAAAACUACUUAUUUAUUUUUAGAGGGUUUGAAGGAAGGUAUUUGCCCCAUUCCUAUCCCGGUCGAGGAUUGCGGAAAUGAGACUGAUGACGAGUGUAGUUUGGAUUCAGAUUGUUUUGGUGAAAUGAAAUGCUGUUCGGAUUCUUGUCAGAAGCUGUGUGUUCAGCCUCCACAAAGUAAGUGGUCUCCUAUGUAUUUUCUUUGUUGCCACCUUUUAUAACUUGGAGACUUUGGAAGUGUAAACAAAGAGAUGCAAAAAAGGCUGAGUGAAACAAUGCCCCUGCGCCCCCUCCCCCCGAGAAAAAGUCGGAAAGUUUGCUACUCAAGCAUAGCGAUGACAAUGAAAUUGAACUCCUUCAAAGUGGAAGACCUUAACUCUUUCUGCAAUUAACAGACCUCGUUCGUAAGUGCGUCGUCGUUAUGUCACGAUAACUCCGUACCAUUUAGUGGACGGUGUGGUUCACAGAGGUGUCGCUCCAUUGCAUGUUCUUCGCCUUCCAGUUCGCCCCCAUCAAGAAGAAUUCGUUCCCUUAUCAAAAAUAACAAAUUCGCCCACAUCUUUAUCACUUGCCUGAUGGUCAUGAUGUACUGACCUUUCUGCGCUCACUCCGUUCGUUGUGACCUCGAGCUAAAUAUUUUCGUUUGGCCCUCCCUCUCAGCACUAAGCACAUAAUUAAAUUCUUCUUUUGUGUAGCGAGAGGAUGCGAUGAUAUCCUUUAUGCUGGCUACAGCACUAGUGGUGUUUAUACAAUCAACCCUGACAGAAAAACAGAGUUUGAGGGGUAUUGCGACCUAGAGACGGACAGUGGAGGAUGGAUUGUGUUCCAAAGGCGACAGGAUGCAUCUGUCAGCUUCCACCGUACAUGGAACGACUAUAGAACGGGUUUCGGAGACCUUGGGAAGAAUUUCUGGCUAGGAAAUGACAAAAUUCAUCGGAUCGCCGCAGCAAAUGAGAUGUCGCUGCGAAUCGAGCUGGAGGAUUGGAGUGGAAAAAAAGUUUUCGCUCAUUACGACGUGUUCAAGGUAGACAACGAAAAGAACAACUACAAGAUCACCGUCAUUGGUUACAAUGGUACAUCCGGGGAUUCCUUGAGUUACCAUAACAACAUGAUGUUCAGUACCAGAGACAGGGAUAACGACAUGUGGAAGACGGGAAGCUGCUCAAAUGAUCUGACUGGGGGAUGGUGGUUUAACGAUUGCCACAACUCAAAUUUGAACGGGCAGUUCAUGGGAAACACAAAAGCUUACAGUGGUAUUGGCUGGGUUCGAUUUAAACAUAACCUCUCCUUAAAGUUUGUGGAAAUGAAGAUGAGAGCUCAGUCCUACCUGAAAGAAAAAGAGGAUGAAAGGCAGAAAUGAGUCCAAUUUUUUUUUGCAUAAAUUCGUGAAACAAUUUUGAGUGCAUUUAUAAGGUAUUUCUUACAAAAAAUGGAACGCGUAACUGUUUCGUCCACAAACAUAAGAGCUAAACCGUUAUGCCUCGCACAAAAUAACUAACAUUAUUAUAUCUCGCGGUUCGUACGUGGGCUAUAAUUAGUCAAUUAAGCAGGCUGUAUAUCACUGUACGGCCCGCUAAACUCAACGGUUUGUGGUCAAAACCACCUUGAAGAAUAUAAUGAACUGAAACAAAUGAAAAAACUUCGCUGCUUCCUUCAUUUGAAUAGUCAAACGCUGUGUCUCAUCCAUAG